CGGAAGUCUCGUUCCGUGUCUCCUCGGAGAAUUUCAAAAAAAAAGUUGCUAUCAUGUGAAGUUGCAGCCGCCAAUGGGCAAUCGACAGCCUCUGCCUGUUUAUUGAAGAUCUGUUGUGCGUCACAUAGCUGAAGAUCUGACUAAUUAUCUCUGCCCAAGUUUAAGCUGGCGUUCACUGCUUACAGGCUACCUCCUCAUGCUGUUUCAGUCCUGAUCAGAUGAGGAUUUGCUGAGCACCGAAGGCGUGAAAGUGACAAAAGCGUCAGUCCUGCUAGUUGGGGAGCAAGCGAAGUCCGAGCCGGAGGGCCUGGUUGAGAUGCCGUUGGAUUGACUGGAGUGACAGGCCAGGCAGGAGCAGGGGCUUCCACCGGGACCGAGGCCGUGGGUCGGGCCCGGGUACAGGGAGGGGUGUCUGAAGGCGCACAGGAGCUCCGGCCUCUGGGGUGUGUUUUUAAUCCCUUGUGGGAUCGUGUGCAACAUCGGAAUACAACACACUGCAGCAUUCUGGUUUUAUAAAUGGGGGAUCUCCCCUGGUCAGCGGCUGUGUAAUGACACCCAGGUCCUCCUGCAACGCAGACAAAGGCUGCUCGGUGCGAGUCCGUGAAGGCCACAGGCUACGCAAAUCGGUCACGUGUGUUGAAUCAUAGCCGUCCUCGUUAUUGCACAAUCGCCAUCUGAAAUGAAGCAGACAGGACAAAAGCGCAAUCCCUUCAUAGCCCGCUCACGUGACAACAUCUGGACCAAUGGGGGCGCCGCCUCGGCGCUCUUGUGCGCGUCAGAGUGGCUUUACUCUCUGGGAACCAGUAUCUCCUUUUUUCAGUCUCUGGGCUUUUUAAAAAAGAGCCAGAAGCUUCAAUGUUGGAUGCCGUGCUAUGACAACGUCACUGCUUCUCCGUCCGCGCUGGGUCGACCCGUCGGUGAUGUUCCUCUACGACAACGGCGGAGGUUCCGAUGAAGUGAGCAAGAACAUGGAGGGUUUCGCUGGUGGCAACUUUGCUGCGAACCAGUGCAGGAAUCUGAUGGCGCACCCCGCGUCCCUGGCACCCAGCACGGCGUACUCCUCCAGCGACGUGCCCACCUCCGGUAUGGGCGAGCCGGUCAAACAGUGCAGCCCGUGCUCUGCAGCUCCGAAUUCGUCCAGCGCCUCCCUGCCAUAUGGGUACUUCGGCAGCAGUUAUUACCCGUGCAGAAUGUCGCAUCACAGCAGCAUAAAAUCGUGCGGAGCGCAGCCUCCCUCCGCGUAUGGAGAGAAAUACAUGGACACAUCCGCGUCGGGCGACGACUUCACCUCUCGGGCAAAGGAAUUCGCUUUUUAUCCGACCUACCCUUCAGGCCCAUACCAACCUGUACCGAGUUACCUGGACGUCCCCGUGGUGCCAACUAUCAGUGCGCCGUCAGAGGCCAGACAUGAGUCCCUGCUACCUAUGGAGAGCUACCAACCGUGGACUCUCGCCGCCAACGGCUGGAACGGCCAGGUUUACUGCGCCAAGGAGCAGCCCCAGCCCGGACACAUGUGGAAGUCCUCCAUACCAGACGCAGUGUCCCACGCCGGGGGAGACUCUGGCUCUUAUCGACGUGGAAGAAAGAAACGCGUGCCAUACACCAAGGUGCAACUGAAGGAACUCGAGCGCGAGUACGCCGCCAAUAAAUUUAUCACGAAGGACAAAAGGAGGAGGAUAUCAGCCCAGACCAACCUGUCUGAGAGACAGGUCACAAUAUGGUUUCAGAACAGACGCGUAAAGGAGAAGAAAAUUGUCAACAAAUUGAAAACCAUCAGCUAGUUGGUUUUUUUUAUAUAUAUAUAUAUUUUUUUUUAUUACGGACAGUAUCAGUGGGAGAUCAACUACUACCACACACACACACACACACACACACACACACACACACACACACUUGGACUCAUGGAUUGGAAUAACAAAACUCCUUCCUAACUGAACAUGAUUUUAUUUUAUUUGUAUGUUGCCAAAUGAUUUCCCGGAGCCUCUGGAACCAAAUUUCGGGUGGCCAUGAAUGCUGGACCCUCCAUUCCCUGCCACUUGUUGUUUAAUAUUGUUUAAGGAGUCAAGUGGAAGGAAAAGAGAAAAUAUGUAGCUGCAGUAUAUGUGACUUUUUUUUUCCUUUUUUUGUUUUUGUUUUCUGGCAUGCUCACUUUCAACGCAGGAAAACUGACCCCAGCUCAGAAAGGUGUGCGCCACCGAGCUACGCCUUUUAUCUGCAAGUUUAACGAGAGCGAUAAAAGGCAAAGAUUCACAGGAAGUGACGGUGUAACGGAUUUGGACCUUGGGGAUGUUAAAUAUUAAUCUCUCCUGCCUUCCUUUUAAAACCUACUCACAUGCUUAGCUUGUAUGAAGUUUAGUCUUAUCAUACGAAUCCGUGCUCUCAUUCAUUAUCCAAUCCAUGGUGCAAUUCUUAUUAUAAUGCUUAGAUAAUCGUUCGGGGUAUGUGUUCAUAUCAAUCAUAACUUUUAUAAUGUGUGCGUAUUCAUGUGGUUGUAUAUAAAGUAAAUUCCGGCAUGAUAUCCAGGUUAUUUGUGUGUGCGUCCAUUAUGUCGGUGUUUAAAGUCCGUUCCAAUAAAAUAUGGACUUUGUUGA